AUGCCGUCGGUUGUUCUUCGACAAAUGAACAGUCUCGAUGAGCGAGGCAGUUACCGUCAGCAACGGAAGCGUCGUGCUGGAAUAUCGGGUGAGUGUGUUGCCACCGGCACUAAUCCAACUACUCUUAGUCGAUCGCCUCAGUCAUCGAUCGAUUCAAACACCGAUGUCGCCCAGAUUUCGAUGAACUGGAUGCGAAUGAACGGCCUCGGGCAGGGAGCGAUCCGACCGCUGCUCACCGGCAAUCGCGUCAUGGCCAAGCAUGGAGGAUCGAAUCUCGUCGCGUCACUACGAAAUGGCCGACGGUUAGUUGAAGCUCGUCCACUUACACAGUUCCGAAAUAGUCCGAGAAUUGAUCUAAACGAUGAUCGCCGAUUAGCAAUUUGCCCAUCAUUGGAGUUGGUGGCUGUCGAAAGCGAAGAAUUUCCAACUCCCAUGGAUUGA